GGGGUGGAAAAAGGCAGAGUAGAAAACAAUUGCGUUCAAUGUCGUCACACAUUGAAAUAUUAGCAUAAUAGCAGACGACUCCAAUGAAUUUUCGCGGUUUUUCUAUAAUUUAUUUUUUCGCCUUUUUAAAUCUGCGCCGCGUUUUGCUAUGGCGUUGUUGCUAACAGUGUCUUGCAGGUAAUUGGUAUUCCUGCAGUGUUAAAACUUAUUCCAAAACAUGACAGUUUUUCGAUCAUCACUCAAUUUUAUGGAUUAAUUGGACAUUCUAUGGACAGUCUAAUUUGUUAAACAUUUUUUUUUAAUGUGGUCGAAACUUUCUUCAUAAAAUUUCCUGUAAGUAUAAAAAAAAAGAAGAAUCUGGAAAACAUUGUGAAACAAAAUUCGAAUAUUCAAAAGAACAGGAUAGGGGACUUCCGGUUCAUUCCUUAAGCUGCAGCUCAAUACGCCUUAAGGGAAAGGUCACGAUGACACUGCUAGCACUCUUCCACCUCCUGGUCUUUGGAGUCAUGGACUCAGCCGGAAUGUACCAGUACAACUUUCUUAUUAACGCAACUGUGGUCGGAGUCCGGCCGGAGAGUGCAGCCAGGCUCUACUCCGACAUCGCCGAGAUACUGUUGAGCGAGGAGAACCCCAAAGACCUUGCCAGCUCCCAGGCGACUUCCGAAAACUAUUGCAAGCUGGUCUUUACGCCACUCGUUUAUGACAAGAGCACCGCUGACAGUUUCUACACUAGUCUCAUGAGAGCCAGGGAUAAUUUUAACGACGGCAACGUGUCGGUGGCUAUCGGCCCUUAUAUGGAGGUGUUCACGUCUACGGAUUACGUCAUCACCAAGCAGACACACAUCCUGACGUCAGCGGCUGGACAGAAUGCCGGGAUGAUGGACCCGGAUCGCGUGGUCUCGAUCUUGCCAGAACCAAGCUCUUUGUCCAGUGUUAUAGCAGCGACUGUAAGAGAAUUAAAAUGGAAAGAUGUCGCCUUCCUGGCCCAAGACGAUUUCUCUCCAGUGCUGAGCAUGGGACAAAGUGGCAUACAGGUCUGGCCGAUCAGACUACCCAACAAAGUGAAGUCCCCCGACGAUCCGGAACUUAAACGGAACCUGAUAGAGUUGCGAAAGUCUCAGAGGAAAAUCUUCAUCCUUCACUCGAACAACCGAGAUGUCGUCAUGAAUGUCUUGCAGGCGGCCCAACAGAUUCACCUGCUGCACGAUAAAAUAGACUGGUUCGUCACCUACCCUGAUUUUGAAGACUUCCUAAGUGAGAACACGACUUGGAGUGGGACUCUGUACGGACUGCAAUUACUGCGUGAAGAAAAAAUACCUCAAAACAUUUCAGAUGUGGUAGAUCUACACAAUGUCACCAUGUCUCGCUUGGACCUGGCCACGGCCAUCGAUGUGGUUGGGCUCCUGAGACACAUCCUGUGGAAGGAGGCCCCAGGCUGCAACAGGGAACGUCUGCUGGAUGACCACAUCGUCUCGGCCGAGGCUUUCACCUGGCAGUUAAAAAACACGGUUGGCCCUACAAGUCCAUACAAUGGCGCUUUGGGUCAGUACAUUUGGGACAAGAGCUCUAAAGGACGAACCAACUUCACUAUAGACAUCCUACGCUACAUCGGCUAUACUAAACAGGAAAUAGGUCAGGUUGUGUUUAUCAAUGGCACUGCAGACGUCACCUUGAGCCAAUUUAACCAAACCCGAGCUGUUUUAGCAGAACCCCUUGAGAUGAAGAAGAUUAAACUUCGAGUGGCUACUCAGCAGCAAGACCCGUUCAUUAUGAUCGGCCCAGACAACACGUACAGCGGCUUCAGCUACGACCUGAUCCAGAAGAUCUCCGAGAACACGCGCUACGAGUUUGAACUCUACGAGACAGAGGAUGAUGACGUCAAGGUGAAAACGAAUGGGAUGGUCAACGCUCUGGUGUCAGGAAAUGCCAGUAUGGCCAUUGGUGCUCUGGAAGUGACCGCUGAAAGAGAAAAGCUGAUCUCAUUCUCGUACACAGUCAUGUCCUCCCAGGCCAGUAUACUCAUCAAAAAAGCGGACAGCACCACCAACUACUUCCAGUUUCUAGGUCCUUUCUCCGGAGAGUUAUGGGCCAUGAUUCUCCUCUUCAUCAUGGUGGCUGGUCUCGCUCUGUACGUCAUGAGUCGCUUUGACCCAACCCAAGAAGGAAACGUCCAGCGCUUUGACCUGAAGGAAAGUUUGUGGUACAGUCUGAACAUCAUCCUCCAGGGUUCCACUGACUACUCGCCACAGACUACAUCCAUGAGAGCUAUCAUCGCCUUCUUCUGGUUCUGCGUGCUGAUCAUCGAGGCGGCCUACACCGCCAACCUUGCGGCCCACCUGACCCUCCAGCAAAUCGACAACCGCAUCAAGACCGUCCACGACCUGGCAGGUCAAAGUUCACUCAUGUAUGGGGUGGAGAGAGGGAGCGACUUGCAUGAGUUCCUACAGAACACAAAAGAAGACCCCUACGAAAGACUAUGGGCCUUUAUAAAGCUGAACGAGGACAAGGUUCUACUGGACAACACCACAGAAAUCAUCAACAGGGUCAAGGCCGGCACAAUGGCAUUCAUAGCCGACGGCGUCACCAAUGGUUACUAUGCCAACCAGCACUGCGGCAUUGAGAGUAUAGUACAGAAUUUUCAAACCAAAGAUUUUAGUCUGGGAUUUCCUAAAGGGGCGCCGUAUUUAGAUGAUAUCAAUCAAGCGCUUUUGAGACUCAAGGAGGAGGGCGUACUUGACACCCUCAGGAGCAAAUGGCUGGAGACAGGCAAGAACUGCACGGAAGAAGAUAAAUCCAGGUCCAUCAGUCAAAAGACCACACCGGAGCUGGAGCUGACCAACAUGAUCGGUGUCUUUAUUGUCCUAGGAGUCUUCAUCGGUGUGGCCAUCAUAGUUGACGUGGCCAGCCGGAUGUACAAGUGGGAUAAAAAUACACGGAAGGCUAAGACGACGACUGAACUCAACCAAUCGUGUGAGACCAACGUGUUUGACAACCAGGUCAACAAAUGAAAAGGUCAUCGCGAGUCUUCAGCAAUCAGCAUUCCGACGUCACCAUCAUUUAUCUAGAACACUUCAUCCUUUAUGUUUAUCACUAGCCCUUAACCCGGCUUUUCCCGAGUUGAUCACUCAACAAUGAUAAAAUAUUGCAAGGCAUCCGAAUAUUAUGUAAUUGCAAUAUUUUACGAGGGGCAAUAAGUGUUGCUGAACAUAGCAAUGACAGAGUUACUGUUCUCUAUUACUUCCCACUGGUCUCUUACAUUGGACCAGGAUGCAACUUUAAGAUUUGAUAUGAGUUGAUACGUCUUGUGUUGUUUUGUUUGUUAGUUUUGUUCUUUUAUUGGUGUUUACAAUAGUUUACCAACGAAUUACAAUUCAUUAUAACUGCACCCAUACUUUUGUUUAUUUGAUGAUUUAUUUGCAAUACAUGCAACAGAUAAUAUGAGUGUACAGACUUGAAAAAUGUUACGAUUUUGUUUUGUUUUGUUGUUGUUGUUGUUGCUGGUAGUACUUCUAUAGAGCGUGUGUUGAAAUAAAAGAAAUACAAUGUUCUUAAAUGAAUUAGCGUGGCGUGUAUUGUCCCCUAUAAUAAUUCACCGGUUCUAAAGUCUUCCUUAAUUUUAGUAACUAAUUGCUAGUCUGAGCGGCCAUUACAGAUACUUUAUGUAUCCCAAAAGACAAACAAAGCAUUAAUACAGCUCUAAAUAUCGUACAGAUUUUGAUCAGGUUAUACUUAUAUAAAUUAGUAUCUUAGUUUAUUAUUCGUUUUUUUUGUGUGUGUGAGUACUAUAAUCUUAGCCGUAUUUGGUGUAUUCAAACUACAUCUGGAUGGCUGUCUGCAGAUUGCGCGCUGGACUGUCGUUCAGAUUUAUCGAUGGUCCCUGGUUCAAACCCUGCCGGCUCCCAUCCCCCGUCGCCCUGCGGGAGGUUUGGACUACGAAGUAAUUAGCUUCAACUCUGAAGAACAUCCAAAACAUGUCAAACAUUUUUUGUUUACAAAGAAAUAGUGAAGAUUUUUUAUGUCAAUCAUUAGCCUGUAUGUACGAAACAAGUUUCAUUAAUCUGUCAGCAGGGCCAGCCGUGCUGUAAGAUGUAAACUGAAGUCAUCCAUAGCAAAUGGUUUGCAAUAAUAUGCUGAUCUUAUCAGUAGCCAGCGUUUCUUAUUGGUCGAAUGGGUCAACUUGAAGGUCACCGUGACCAAUAAGUGUCCAGGUUGUCUUCAACCAUGUUUACUUUUCGAAAAAUUACUGUUAUUUCCAAUGGAAGUCAAAUUGGCCAAGGGAGUUGAACAUAAUAAGGGAUCUUUCCAGUAGAAGAGUCUGGUUCUUUUCCUAUCUAUUUAAAAAGUUAGAAAGGUUAUAAACACGAGGGAAGCUUGGUUAUUGUGUUUCAAGCUUCUCUCGAAGACUACUGUGAAUUUAUUUUUGACAUUAAGUCAUUGUGUGUUAGGAGUGUGAGUUCUCAAGUUUUAUAUUUUCAACUUUGGAUCUAUCUUCAUCUCAUUUUUUGUUAAAAGAUUUUUUUAACCUAUAGAAGAAUUCCCGGCUUACAUUGGAUGUUGGGUCAUUAUUUACUUCUGUAUUCACCACACAAUCCCAUUGUCAAAUUGGCUCACUUUAUCUGAACACUGAGAUUGUUUAAAUUCUUAGAUUUUUUUUUUGCUUGUUUUAUUACUUAAAAGUUGUAUUGUAGUUAACUUUCAAUAAUCAAGGGCUGCAUGUUACUUCCAUUGGAGUUAUCGCACUUCAAACAGUUUUUUAAGUAUUGGUCAUACUUUUUUUUUUUACUUUCCUUGACCCCCCCUUCCCCCUCCCUAUUUGGUAUGUCUGACAAUGACUGAGAAAUGUUAGUAGACUUUGAAUACAUUAAACUUGUUUAUUUUUACUUUUAGAUUUUAUGCAAAUUGAUUUUGUCUUAUGUAAAAAAAAAUUAAACGAAUUUUUUUCA